AUUGUGGGGAAGGAUCAGAGUCCGGUACGUACCUCACUUUAGGUGGCAGCAACUUCACGCGGGGCAGCUACAAGCAUCAAGCUGAGACGUCAUCCCUGGUGGUGUUACGAGCUAUGUACACGUACUCAGUCCAGACUUGAUCCAAAGUUGCGCCAAGGGAGACAGACUUCUAGUUUGACAGUGCACAUCGCGUUUCCGUGAGCUUACAUCAACGUCGCAACAAUUCCCUGACACUAUUUUCGUCCUUCCUCUCCCAGAAAACCGUUUGCCUCCCACUGCAGUGCUCCGCAGAAAUACCCAUACCCCCGCUCAACAAGAUGACCCAAAUCGAGCCCGACAUUGCGACGAAAGCUCCCGAGAGCGACGCCGCCGAGACGAUCACCGUUACCGAGCCCGUCACCGAGAGCACUUCUGCUGCCGAUACCCCGGCUCAGUCCACCAGCCCUACGACGACUACGGGAGGUGCUGGAGAGCACAGCGAACACUGCGUGUCCGACAGACCCACUCCCUCCGGCCAGUCCUCGACAGGCGAGAUCAUCAAGAUCAACGAUGUCGAUGUCUACAUCUCGAAACCCGCCGACUACCCUCAUGCGCCAGCCAGGCUCCUCCUCCUCCUAACGGGAGGCACGGGUCUCAAGUCUACGAACAACCAGCUCCAAGCCGAUAAAUUCGCCAGUGAGGGCUACGUGGUGGUCAUGCCCGAUCUGUUCAAUGGUGAUGCGGCACCUAACUCGUCGACCAUCGACAGCAGCGAGGACACCGGAUCGUUCCUGGAUACCUUCAAGAUGAAGAUCGUUGAGACGGCCAAGAGCUUCCAAAUUGAUAUGUGGUUGGCGCGACACACAGAGGAGAAGGUUCUGCCGAUCCUUUACAAGGUCAUUGAAGGAUCGAAGGAGAAGUUCGCCGAUGCGGUGAAGAACGGCGACGGCAUCUACGCUGUCGGCUACUGCAUUGGAGGACGCUAUAUCCUACACUUGGGCUCAGACAAGAAGGUCGCGACGGGAGGUCAAGGACUUGCUGACGCCGAGGCCGGCGAAGUCAAGACUGGUCCUUUUAUCAAGGUUGGCGCGAUAGCACAUGGUGCUUCUGUCACCCCUGAUGACUUCACGGGCGUCAAAGUCCCCAUCUCUCUUGUCUGCGUUGAGAAUGAUCCUCUGUUCCCUGAGGAGGUCAGGACACAUGGCGAGGACGUCAUGUCAAAGGCAAACCUCGAACACGAAGUUCAGGUCUACCCUGGCGUACCGCACGGUUUCGCCGUUGUUGGCGAAUAUCAGGAUGCAGCCAUCAAGGAUGCUCAGACUACCGCCUACGAUCAAAUGUUGAAGUGGAUCAAGGAACAUUGAGAAUAGGGAAGACCGACCUCGUCUGCUUUUCAUGGCCUUUGCUUCUGUUGUGGUCGUUCAUCUUGCGACCUUUGAUGAUAUCAGUGCUUUAAAGGAACUCUUCUUACGGCCCAAGGGAAUAUUAUUA